AUGGGGUUUUACAAGGUUUCAUUUUGUGUACUGUGUGUGUUAGGGUUGGUGAGUGUGGGCGAUGUAGCCUACGCUCAAGACUCAGCAGCAGACUACGUGGACGCACACAACGCUGCAAGGUCGCAGGUUGGUGUUGGAAACAUAGUUUGGGAUGACACAGUUGCUGCUUUUGCAGAGAACUAUGCAAACCAACGCAAAGGUGACUGCAACCUGGUCCACUCUGGUGGUGAUGGGAAAUAUGGGGAGAAUCUUGCUGGAAGCAGUGGUGACCUAAGUGGGAAAGAUGCAGUGAACUUGUGGGUGGAUGAGAAAUCAAAUUAUGACUACAACUCCAACUCUUGUGUUGGUGGGGAGUGUCUGCAUUACACUCAGGUUGUUUGGAGGAACUCUGUACGCCUUGGAUGUGCCAAAGUAAGAUGCGACAAUGGAGGCACUUUCAUCGGUUGCAACUAUGAUCCCCCUGGGAACUAUGUUGGCCAAAGACCUUACUAA